GAUUUAUCUAGGGUGCAGGGUACUGGUGUUUUCUCAAAACAGAAUGAAGCCUCUGCUUAGGGGAGCCUGCAAAUUGGCCAGACAUUGGGACUGGGGAGCUGUUUGUGGAGAGGUCCAGGUUUGAGUAGGACAAAGUUUCUGAGCCGGGCACCCUCCCAAGCAGGGGCCUCCAGGAAUCCAGGGAUAGGUACGGGGGGGCUUGCUCUGGGUUAGAAGGGACCCACACUGUUCCAUUAAGACACUGUGGGGUGGACAUAGUUCCCAAACAGAGACACAGGGUGGCAGCACUCUCCUUCCCCCAAUAUCUGUCAAUGGAAAAUUCUUUCGCCUAAGAGAUAGGAGAGGUUUGGGGAACCUGAGAGAUUCCCCGUGCAUUUUUGGAAGAAAUUUUACCUAAGAUUUUAUUAGCCUAACUUGUAUUUUAAUACACAGGCUCAUUCUUUAUCCCCUUUCUUUGCUUCUCCCACUGCCAUGGCGAUUGUGGGUGACUGUUUGUUGCUUUAGGGUGUAAGGUGGUGGCCUCUUAACUCCUCAGUUUUACCUGGAACAAUUAGGUCUAAAGUCUUAGAGUUCUCCAGUGGGGGAUCAUCUGUCAUCUGUCCUGCAGGGUCUGGUGUGGAUGACCCUGUGGGAGAAGUCUCUAUUCAGGUGGACUUAUUUACUCAUCCUGGAACUGGGGAGCACAAGGUCACAGUGAAAGUUGUGGCUGCCAAUGACCUCAAGUGGCAGACAGCGGGUAUGUUCCGGCCCUUUGUGGAAGUGACCAUGGUUGGCCCACACCAAAGUGAUAAGAAGAGGAAGUUCACAACCAAGUCAAAAAGCAACAACUGGGCCCCCAAGUACAAUGAGACAUUUCAUUUCCUCCUGGGAAAUGAAGAGGGGCCGGAAGCCUAUGAGUUGCAAAUAUGUGUGAAGGACUACUGCUUUGCCCGGGAGGAUCGCGUUCUAGGGCUGGCUGUGAUGCCUCUGAGGGAUGUGGCAGCCAAGGGCAGCUGUGCCUGCUGGUGCCCCUUGGGCCGGAAGAUCCACAUGGAUGAGACAGGCAUGACCGUUCUUCGGAUUCUGUCUCAGAGGAGCAAUGAUGAAGUGGCUCGAGAGUUUGUGAAGCUCAAAUCGGAGUCUCGUUCCAUGGAAGAGGGGAGCUAAGCUCCUGUGCCAACCAGAUGGCACCAGUUCCACAAGUCAGGGCCAGUAGGAGUUACUAUGUAGCCAGCUUAGGGUCCUCAUUAUCAAGAGGCUGACUCCUUUAGUUAAGAAAAUUUAAGAAAAAAUUUGAGGUGGUAAGAAUUUGGCUUUUCACAGAAAGGGUCAUGAAUCCCUGACCAGCAGGUCUGUGGUGCUAGAUGCUGGGCUGUGGGAGUUACCACAUAGGGAGAUUUUCCAUAAAGAGAGAAGGACAGACAUUUCUGAGAGUGUCAGCCAUUCUUGGUAGACAUCCCUCCACCCCACACCCCACAUUUACCCCUCUCCAGACCACACCUUAUCCAGUUGGACCCAUAUGUACCAAUCAUUAGUAGAACAAGUUUAGAGGGCCAGGAGCUUGUGCCUGGCUAACUAAGCAGUCAGUUGAGCCUAUACGUAUCACUGAGCCCUGGCGUUGGGAUUCGAGUCUGGCCAGGGCAGGAGCAAAUAGAAUAGAAUUCAGACUGUCCCUUGAACAGAAUACGCUGUUUUUUUUGUGGCUCCUGUGAGAACAAGGCUUUGAAACUGAACAAGAUACCUUCUAGAAAUGAGCUGUGCUAAUCCCUUCCCCCAGAUUACGAAUUUACCUGUGAUGAACAGAAGCAGUUUCACAUGGUGCUUCAGAGCCUUGAGCAGAAUAUUUUUUGGAACCCAAGCACCAGGGGUCACUUUCCCAGGAGUCCCCCUACCUCACUCCUGUAGGAAGGGGAGUGAUGCUUUAGGACAUGAGAAACUUGUUAUGUGGAUGCACCUGAGGGCUAGUUGAAGGAUCUGUAUUUUCUUCUUGGGUAGGCCCCAGAACAAAGCCAAAAGUUUUGUAAAUCAGUUUGGAAAGAGUCCUCAAGUCCUCCUCACCUAUGGCCACCACCUUCUGGCUGCCCCUCCCCUUGUAGAAAGAAUCUAGCCUUUGACCUCACUCCCUUUUAUCUAGGUCAGCUGCUAGUCCCCUCAUAGAUGUUUAGCCCUACAGAAGGAGCUUGGACUAUGAUCCCUCUGUACAGGCUAGAUGGAGGGGACCCUCAACAUUCCCUGGUAGGUCAGAGACGGACUCUUUCAGGGGGUCAUGUGGACUUCCCAGGCCUUUGCUCAGAGAUGUGACAUGCUCCUGUAAUAUCCUUGGUAGCAGCCUCCUGGAUUUCCUUCCUGGACUUCCUGUGAACUCUGUGUUGUCCACAGCUGUACUAGCCAUUACAUGAAACAACAAACUAAGGAUCUUUGCUGUUGUUAAUUAUUGUAUGUGCCAUUGUUACAAAAGAUUAUUGCCUAAUCUGUAAUAAAUUAUCUUAUAGCAGUC